UGCCGCCGCGCCCUUCUCUGGGCGUCGAGAUUCCCUGUUUUUGCGGCCCCGCCCAGGCGGCUGCCCGUGACCUGCCUGGGCGCGGGGAACGGGAAGUCGGAAAGGCUAAGAGGAGUCCAGCUCGUCAUGGGGCUGUUUGGAAAAACCCAGGAGAAGCCUCCCAAAGAGCUGGUCAAUGAGUGGUCAUUGAAGAUCAGAAAGGAAAUGAGAGUUGUUGACAGGCAAAUAAGAGAUAUCCAAAGAGAAGAAGAGAAAGUAAAACGGUCUGUGAAAGAUGCAGCCAAGAAGGGCCAAAAGGAUGUCUGUGUGGUUCUGGCCAAGGAGAUGAUCAGGUCAAGGAAGGCUGUGAGCAAGCUCUAUGCAUCCAAAGCGCACAUGAACUCUGUGCUCAUGGGGAUGAAGAACCAGCUUGCGGUCCUAAGAGUAGCUGGUUCCCUGCAAAAGAGCACAGAAGUGAUGAAGGCUAUGCAGAGUCUUGUGAAGAUCCCAGAAAUCCAGGCCACCAUGCGGGAGCUGUCCAAAGAGAUGAUGAAGGCUGGAAUCAUAGAGGAGAUGUUAGAGGACACAUUUGAGAGCAUGGAUGAUCAGGAAGAAAUGGAAGAAGCAGCAGAAAUGGAGAUCGACAGAAUCCUCUUUGAAAUCACAGCAGGAGCCUUGGGCAAAGCGCCCAGCAAAGUAACCGACGCCCUUCCUGAGCCUGAACCUUCAGGAGCGAUGGCUGCUUCAGAAGAGGGAGAGGAUGAGGAGGAUGAAGAGGACCUAGAGGCCAUGCAGUCCCGACUGGCCACACUCCGAAGCUAGGGCCACCCAGUUGGGGCCUCAUCUCUGGUGCCCUCCUCUAGGUGUGGGCACGGCCUCUGAGGAGUCACCAUUUUCCUGUAUCUCUUGCACUACACCUCUGUUGUGAAGCAUUGCAUUUUGGAGAGGGUUCUAUGCUAGUGUAUCUUCACUGUCUGCAGAGGUUUUAAGGAUUGUUUUAUGAAGGUGGUACAAUCAAAUGCAUUCUUUUCAAGACCAUAAAUAGAAGCAUCUUUCUUGGGGGAGGGGAAGAAUCCCGUUUUCUCAUGAAGCAGUUCUGAGAAGAGUCAGUUGAAUGUUGAUGACUCUCUACUGGUGUGUAUGUGUAAAAUGCCGCUUAAGUGGAUAUCAAUAAACUUCUACUGUAGCUCUUGGUCUCAUUGUAAAUGUCACAUGCAGUGGACUCAAGGUGUUGAUCUCCCAGAUGUCUCAGUGUUGGCCUUGGAAAGAGGAAGUGCCAUCGCCAGGCAGCAGAACAUGGGAGCUCAGCAGAAGUGCCUUCUGCUCAGGAGCUGCUGGUCCUGAUCACUACAGACAGGUUUUGGGGGCCACUCUGAUGCAGUUGUCAUCUGUUUAACCAAUGGAUGUUGGUAAUACAUUGUGUUGGCCGGAUGACUUACCCAUUCUUGCUUGGAGCCAAGUGUCUUGCAUACAGGGACAUGUCUAACCAUGAACAGCAAGAGCUAACCAGCAAGCAGCUUUGCUUAUGCAUUAAAACACACACACCAGACCAUGCUUGAGAUGCACUGAGAAAUAACCUGGCAGUUGCACUUUUUGACAGUUUGAAAAGCUCUUUGGCAUGCAUGGUCUCAUGCAGUCUUCACAAAUAAGAUAGCAGUUUGCUGAAGUCACAAACACAAUGGCCUGUGUCUACCAUUAUUGUGGUACAGAAUGGCUUUGCUACCCCCAAACAACCCUAUGUGCUGUGUUCAUCCCCUCUCUGAUCCCAUGGCAUCCAUUGAUCCAUUUAUUGUCUCCAUGGGUUUUCCUUUUCCAGCCUUUCAGACUCUUCCCUCAUGUGAUAAUAGGCAUUUAAGUUUCCUCUGUGUGGGUUCAUGACUUAAUUGUUUAGCUCUCCUCACUGAGCAGCAGUCUAUUUUCUGGAUAUACCACAACUUGUCCUGAAGGGCAUGUGGACUAAGCCUGAAGCAAUGUCUACAGCAGUUUUUUCCUGUGUGUGUGUUUCUAUUUCCUAUGGAUACCAGGGAGCUCAACCAUGGGAUCGUGUGGUCAGCACAAACUUGGUGCUGUAAGAGGCUACACCAGCCUUGCAUAGCACACACUGUCCACCUCCUAGGAGGAAGAGCUCUGCCACUCUGCAUCCUUGGAAGCAUUUGUCAUGAGCAAUUUCUGUUGGGUUGGUAUCUUGUCAAUCUGUAAUAUCUGAUGAAGUACUCUGGGCACCUGUUUUCGUACUUGCCUUCUCUGUAUUUUGUUUGAAAAUGAUGAUAUAGUGGCCUUGAACUCAUGACCUCUCUGCUCUACCACCAUGCCCAGCUUGCCACCUGUAUUUCUUUACCGUUGGUGUUUGUUCAUUUUAUAAACUGGAUUGUUUUCUGAUUAUUCAAUUUUAAGGUCCUCUUACAUAUUUUGGACCGAUUGUCUAUCAGAUUUUAUCCUAUUCUCCUGUCUGUUCUCUCAUUGUUGACAGUUGCUCAAAGCUGAAAUUUUUUACUUUUAAUAAAACCCUGCUUCUUGAUUA